CGGCGGGGGCCCGCUGAGGCGCCCGCUCUGACGCGGCCCGGGGCCGGCUGAGACCGCGCUGGAAGGAAGGCUGGGCGGACAGGACGCUGCUAGAACCGGCGAGCACCCUCCCGUAGCGGCGCCGGGUCACACCUGGCCGGCCGCACCGCCACUUCCAGCCCCGCGUCCUUCCCCUUCCUUUCCCACGGCCGCCUAACUGCCCGUCGAAGUGUUUCUUGUCGUGAAACAGAAGAUUAACCGAGGCGGUGAGCUCGAGGGCAGAGCAGGCACGAGCGGACAGGAAGGGCAGAACAGCAUUUUCUCGUGUCCCGUUCCCGCCCGUCCCUGCUGCUAGGCUCAUGAGGGAACCGCGCUGCGCACGCGACUUCGGAGGGAUGGCCAGACAAGAACCUCAAGAGAGAAACUAUGACAAUAUGCUGAAGAUGAUAGAGGACCUGAACAGAGACCUAGAAAAACUUCUGGAGGAAAUGGAAAAACUGACAGCCAAGAUUUCUGGCUUGGUAGUAUUUCUUGUGUUUAUAGUUCAGGCAACCUGGAUGGCAUAUGACAUGGUAGUAAUGCGUACCAACCCUGACCUGACCAAUUCCAUGAGGCGCUUGGAAGAGGCCUUCCUGAACUGCAGAGAAGAAAUGGAGAAAAAAUGGCAAGAAGUGCUAAGAGAAUCUAAAGGUGAAGAGCAAAAAAAGGAAUAAGUUGAAUUUAGUCAUGCUGGCAGAACUGCAUCGCUUGGAAAGUCUCCAGUUUUUUUGUAUUCCAGGCAUGGAGUUUUCACAAACACCAUGGAAUUGCUGUUCAUCUUACUAAGAACUAUGCAUGUGUUUACAUUUAUGGAAAUAUUUUUAUGAUAUAUUAAUAUUGUUGAAGAUAAAAGGUAACUAUGUUUCUAAUUUUUAUUAUGCUCACCUUGUAUAGCGUAUGUGCAUACAGAACUUAAGAUGCUAUAA